GCUCAUGUGGAGGUGGUGAGAAAGCGGACAAGUGCGGACAAAAUCCAACUGGCAACUAGACGCCGCGAUUUUCAAUUGGGGGACUUUCGCAUAUCAUGGAAUUAUACGAGGAAUCCCGGCCGGAGCAGUUCUGCCGCUGACUACAUCGCCAGUGCUUUAUUCCCGACACGGUCUCCUUCUGAAGAAGGCACACCGCAAAGUGGAGCAAAAUGUCUGACAAAAUGUCCAGUUUCCUCCACAUCGGGGACAUCUGCUCCCUGUAUGCGGAGGGAUCCACCAAUGGAUUUAUCAGCACUUUAGGUCUGGUGGACGACCGCUGUGUGGUGCAACCAGAAUCCGGGGACCUAAACAACCCUCCUAAGAAAUUUCGAGACUGUCUGUUCAAGUUGUGUCCAAUGAACAGGUACUCAGCCCAGAAACAGUUCUGGAAAGCAGCAAAACCUGGUGGAAACAGCACCACAGACACUGUACUACUCAACAAAUUACAUCAUGCUGCUGAUCUAGAGAAGAAACAGAAUGAAUCCGAAAACCGGAAGCUGCUGGGAACGGUGAUACAGUACGGAAAUGUUAUUCAGCUGCUGCAUUUAAAAAGCAAUAAGUACCUUACGGUCAAUAAACGACUGCCUGCUUUGCUGGAGAAGAAUGCCAUGCGUGUGACUCUGGACUCGGCUGGAAAUGAAGGCUCCUGGUUUUACAUACAACCCUUUUACAAACUCCGCUCCAUAGGAGACAGUGUUGUGAUUGGGGAUAAAGUGGUUUUGAAUCCCGUAAACGCAGGACAGCCUCUACACGCCAGCAGCCAUCAGUUGGUGGACAAUCCUGGCUGCAAUGAGGUGAACUCGGUGAACUGCAACACUAGCUGGAAGAUUGUUUUAUUUAUGAAAUGGAGUGACAACAAGGAAGUCAUUCUUAAAGGAGGUGAUGUGGUUCGGCUGUUUCAUGCCGAGCAGGAGAAGUUUCUCACUUGCGAUGAACACAGGAAGAAGCAAUAUGUGUUCCUGCGAACCACCGGCCGCCAGUCCGCCACCUCUGCCACCAGCAGCAAAGCAUUGUGGGAAGUGGAGGUGGUUCAGCAUGACCCGUGUCGUGGUGGCGCUGGUUACUGGAAUAGUCUUUUCAGGUUUAAACACUUGGCCACAGGACACUACCUGGCAGCAGAGGUGAGUGAGGUGUGUUCUACUAGCUCGGGAUCCUCCCUCAGCUGUUCCCAGAUCAGCACUAACCUCUCCCACUGGGUUAAUCCUGACUAUGAGGAAGAGUCGCAAGAAUCGCGUUCAUCCGUGGCAGAUUUUUCACCCUUCAACUUCCAGCUGGACUCAGAGCAUGAGGCUCUGCGAGCACGUCUCCGAACGCCCAACGAGAAGGUCAUGUACACCCUCGUGUCCGUCCCAGACGGCAAUGACAUCUCCUCCAUAUUUGAGCUGGAUCCCACCACCCUCAGAGGAGGAGACUCACUUGUACCCAGGAACUCAUAUGUGAGACUGAGGCACUUGUGCACCAAUACAUGGGUCCACAGCACCAACAACCCCAUCGACAAAGAGGAGGAGAAGCCAGUUAUGUUACGGAUUGGUACAUCAGCUGUCAAAGAAGAUAAAGAGGCCUUCGCUAUUGUGCCAGUUCCUCCUGCGGAGGUGAGGGACCUGGACUUUGCCAACGAUGCCAGUAAAGUGUUGGCAUCCAUCGCUGGCAAGCUGGAAAAGGGCACAAUCACCCAGAAUGAAAGAAGGUUUGUCACUAAGCUUCUCGAGGAUCUUGUGUUUUUUGUGGUGGACAUUCCCAACAAUGGACAGGAUGUUUUGGAGAUCAUGGUCAAUAAACCCAACCGUGAACGGCAGAAACUCAUGAGAGAGCAGAAUAUCUUAAAACAAAUCUUCAAGCUGCUUCAGGCCCCGUUCACAGACAGCGGCGAUGGUCCCAUGUUGCGUCUGGAGGAGCUGAGUGACCAGAGACACGCCCCCUUCAGGCACAUCUGCAGACUGUGCUACCGUGUGCUGCGACAUUCACAGCAGGACUACAGAAAGAACCAGGAAUACAUCGCCAAGCAGUUCCGCUUCAUGCAGAAACAGAUCGGCUACGAUGUGUUGGCCGAAGAUACAAUAACGGCCCUCCUCCACAACAACCGCAAACUCUUGGAGAAGCACAUCACGGCGGCAGAAAUUGACACGUUUGUCAGCCUUGUGAGGAAAAACCGUGAACCAAGGUUUCUGGACUACCUGUCUGAUUUGUGUGUGUCCAUGAAUAAGUCCAUCCCAGUGACUCAGGAGCUGAUCUGUAACGCGGUGCUGAAUCCCGCCAACGCCGACAUCCUUAUAGAGACCAAACUGGUGUUGUCUCGGUUUGAGGUCGAGUCUGGAGAGGGUCCUGUGGAGUCCGAGGAAGAUGAGGAAGAGGUGUGGUUGUUUUGGAAGGACAGCGGUAAGGAGAUCAAGAGUAAGAGCAUCAGAGAGCUGGCACAGGAUGCUAAAGAAGGCCAGAAAGAGGACCAGGAGGUCAUUAGCUACUACAGAUACCAGCUGAACCUGUUUGCACGGAUGUGUUUGGACCGCCAGUACUUGGCCAUUGAGAAGAUAUCAGGCCAGCUGGAUGUGGAUCUGAUCCUGCGCUGCAUGUCAGAUGAAGACCUGCCCUACGACCUCCGCGCCUCGUUCUGUCGGCUGAUGCUUCACAUGCAUGUCGACCGUGAUCCGCAGGAACAGGUCAUGCCUGUGAAAUACGCCAGGCUGUGGUCUGAGAUCCCAUCCAAAAUUGCCAUCGAUGAUUACGAUAACGAUGGAACCAGUCGAGACGAGAUAAAGGAACGCUUUUCGCUCACUAUGGAUUUUGUGGAGAACUACCUCAGAGAUGUGGUCUGUCAAAAUGUUCCUUUCUCUGAUAAAGAGAAAAACAAACUCACUUUUGAAGUUGUGAAUUUAGCAAGAAACCUUAUUUACUUUGGCUUUUACAACUUCAGUGACUUGUUGCGUUUGACUAAGAUCCUGUUGGCCAUUUUGGACUGUGUUCAUGUCAGCACCAUCUAUCCCGUAAACAAAAUGGAAAAAGGAGACGAAUCCAAAACAGGUAGCAAUGUAAUGAGAUCCAUCCAUGGUGUUGGGGAACUGAUGACUCAGGUGGUCCUCAGAGGAGGUGGAUUUUUACCCACAACCCCCACAACACCUCCAGAUGGUGAUGUGGUGAAGACCCAGACAGAACCAGAGAAGGAAGACAUUCUGGUGAUGGACACCAAACUAAAGAUCAUAGAGAUCCUACAGUUUAUUCUGAAUGUCCGACUGGACUACAGGAUCUCCUGCUUGCUUUGCAUCUUCAAGCGUGAGUUUGACGAGAGCAACACGCAAACUGAUGCAGCGCCUUCUGCAAAUGCAGACGGGCCCAACAGUAUCCCAGCUUUGGACUUCGAGAACAUUGAAGAGCAAGCAGAAGGAAUUUUUGGUGGAAGUGAGGAGAACACACCCCUGGAUCUCGAUGACCAUGGCGGAAGAACGUUUUUGAGGGUUCUGCUGCACCUCACCAUGCACGACUAUCCACCGCUUGUGUCUGGAGCGCUACAUCUGCUCUUCAGACACUUCAGCCAGAGACAAGAAGUGCUCAUGGCUUUCAAACAGGUCCAGCUUCUAGUGACCAGUCAGGAUGUUGACAACUACAAGCAGAUCAAAUCAGACCUUGACCAGCUACGAUCUAAUGUGGAAAAAUCUGAGCUCUGGGUGUACAAGCGACAGGGCGAUGAAAGCAUGGAUGGAGGGGACGGACUCCCAGCAGAGUCUGACCACAAAAAGAAGAGGGACUCUGGUUCGGGCAAAAAAAAGACAGAUGGGAAUGGCAGUGACAAUUACAGAGACGUGAAGGAGAUCCUCUUGCGUCUCAGCAAACUGUGUGUACAGGAAGGACCCUCAGGGAAGAAGAGUAAGAAACAGCAGCAGAGGCUCUUGAGGAAUAUGGGAGCUCAUUCAGUGGUGCUUGAGCUGCUGCAGAUCCCUUAUGAGAAGGGUGAGGAUGUCCGAAUGCAAGAGAUCAUGAAACUGGCUCAUGAGUUUCUUCAGAACUUCUGCGCAGGCAACCAGCAGAACCAGGCUCUGCUCCACAAACACAUCAACCUGUUCCUCAACCCUGGGAUCCUGGAGGCCGUCACCAUGCAGCACAUAUUCAUGAACAACUUUCAGCUGUGCAGUGAGAUGAACGAGCGUGUCGUGCAGCACUUCGUCCACUGCAUCGAGACCCACGGCAGACACGUGCAGUACCUGAAGUUCCUGCAGACUAUCGUCAAGGCUGAGAACAAAUUUAUCAAGAAAUGCCAGGAUAUUGUAAUGGCCGAGUUGGUGAACUCUGGAGAGGAUGUGCUGGUCUUUUACAACGACCGGGCCUCCUUCCAGACUCUGGUCCAGAUGAUGCGCUCGGAGCGCGAUCGGAUGGAUGAAAACAGCCCCCUCAUGUACCACAUCCACCUCGUGGAACUGCUAGCCGUCUGCACGGAGGGCAAAAACGUCUACACUGAGAUCAAGUGCAACUCCCUGCUGCCAUUGGAUGAUAUUGUCCGUGUGGUAACACACAAAGAUUGCAUCCCUGAGGUCAAAAUUGCGUAUAUCAACUUCCUGAACCAUUGCUACGUGGACACAGAGGUCGAAAUGAAGGAGAUCUACACCAGCAACCACAUGUGGAAGCUCUUUGAGAACUUUCUGGUCGACAUAUGCAGGGUCUGCAACAAUACAAGCGACCGCAAACAUGCUGACACAACGUUGGAAAACUACGUGACAGAAACCGUAAUGAGUAUCGUGACGACAUUUUUUAGCUCGCCUUUCUCCGACCAGAGCACUAGUUUACAGACCCGCCAGCCUGUGUUUGUGCAGCUCCUGCAGGGGGUUUUCAGAGUUUACCACUGUAACUGGCUCGUUCCUGCCCAGAAAGCCUCUGUGGAGAGCUGUAUUAAGGUUCUGUCUGAUGUGGCCAAGAGCAGAGCGAUCGCCAUCCCGGUGGACUUGGACAGCCAGGUGAACAACCUCUUUGUGAAAUCCAACAAUGUUGUACAGAAAACCAUCCUCAACUGGAGGCUGUCCGCUCGCAACGCGUCCAGAAGAGACUCGACGCUCACCACUUCCAAAGAUUACAGGAACAUCAUUGAGAGGCUGCAGGACAUUGUGUCUGCUCUGGAGGAUCGUCUGCGGCCUCUGGUUCAAGCUGAGCUCUCUGUGUUGGUGGACGUACUGCAUCGCCCAGAGCUGCUCUUCCCCGAAAACACAGACGCCAGGAGGAAAUGCGAAAGUGGAGGCUUUAUUUCUAAAUUAAUAAAACACACUAAACAGCUUUUAGAGGAAAACGAGGAGCGUUUGUGUAUAAAAGUCCUGCAGACGCUUCGAGAAAUGAUGACGAAAGACCGUGGCUAUGGGGAAAAGCUAAUUGCCUUUGAUGAUGAGCUGGAUGUAGCUGAGCUUGCACCCCCACCAGAACCAGAGGUCCCAGCAGAGGAGCUUGAUCCAAACCAGCCCCAGAAGCAACUGGAGGAUCAAAGAAGGAGUGAAGCUUUGAGGCAAGUCCUGGUGAACCGUUACUAUGGCAACUUCAAGCCGGGUGGCAGACGAGACAGUUUGACCAAUUUCAGCAACGGGCCGCUCACCCCCGGCGGACAGACCAAGACUCCUACAGGAGGUGGUGGGGGUUCAACGAGCAGUCGAGGGGAGAUGAGCCUGGCUGAAGUGCAGUGUCAUCUGGAUCGAGAGGGUGCGUCUGACCUGGUCAUUGACCUCAUCAUGAACGCCACAAGUGACCGAAUCUUCCAGGAAAGCAUCCUGCUGGCCAUCGCUUUGCUGGAGGGAGGAAACCCUGUCAUACAGCGGUCAUUUUUCUGUCGUCUGACGGGUGACAGUAAAUCAGAGAAGUUCUUCAAAGUGUUUUACGAGCGGAUGAAGUUGGCCCAGCAAGAGAUCAAGGCAACUGUGACGGUCAACACCAGCGAUCUGGGCAGCAAGCGCAAAGACGAGGACACCAACGACAAGGACGCCCAAACACGCAAAAAAGUCAAGGAUGUUGCAGUAGUAACCGAGGAAGUGCGAGAGCAACUUAUCGAAGCUUCUACGGCCACUAAGAAGGCCUUCACCGCUUACCGAAGGGAGGCGGACGCAGACGAGCAUCUGAAUGUGGCGGAAGGGCAGAGCAGCACAGGCGACAAGAACCAGGAUGACAAUGAGAUGAGUGUGAUCAUAACCAUCAUGCAGCCAAUUCUGCGCCUCCUGCAGCUGCUUUGUGAAAACCACAACCGCGAACUGCAGAACUUCCUUCGUUGUCAGAACAACAAAAACAACUACAACCUGGUGUGUGAGACACUGCAGUUUCUGGAUUGUAUAUGUGGCAGCACUACAGGAGGUCUGGGGCUGCUGGGUCUCUACAUUAAUGAGAAGAACGUCGCUCUUAUAAACCAGACGGUGGAGAGCCUGACGGAGUACUGCCAGGGGCCUUGCCAUGAAAACCAGAAUUGUAUUGCCACACAUGAAUGUAAUGGCAUUGACAUAAUCAUCGCUCUCAUCCUCAACGACAUCAACCCUCUCGGAAAAAAGAGGAUGGACUUGGUCCUGGAGCUCAAGAAUAACGCCUCAAAGCUUCUGCUCGCCAUCAUGGAAAGCCGGCACGACAGUGAGAAUGCAGAGAGGAUCUUGUAUAACAUGAGGCCUAAAGAACUGGUGGAGGUGAUCAAAAAGGCCUACAUGCAGGGAGAAAUUGAGGUAGAGCACACAGACGAUGAUGAGAAUGGUGAGGAAGAACACGCCGCUUCUCCGCGAAAUGUGGGUCACAACAUCUACAUCCUGGCUCAUCAGCUAGCCAGACACAACAAGGAACUCCAGGCCAUGCUGAAGCCAGGAGGGACUUAUGGGGAGGGAGAUGAAGCUUUGGAGUUCUACGCCAAACACACAGCACAAAUCGAGAUCGUCCGCCUGGAUCGCACAAUGGAGCAGAUUGUUUUUCCCGUCCCCAACAUUUGCGAAUUCCUAACCCAGGAGUCCAAACUCCGCGUGUAUUACACCACGGAGCGUGACGAGCAGGGCAGCAAGAUCAACGACUUCUUCUUACGCUCCGAAGACCUCUUCAACGAGAUGAACUGGCAGAAGAAGCUGCGAGCUCAGCCCAUCCUGUACUGGUGUUCCCGUAACAUGUCCUUUUGGAGCAGCAUCUCCUUUAAUCUCGCCGUCCUCAUGAACCUGUUGGUAGCAUUCUUCUAUCCACUAGAAGGAGUGCGUGGAGGCACCCUGGAGCCACACCUCUCUGCACUGCUUUGGGCGGCAAUGUUGGUGUCGUUGGCCAUAGUUAUAGUACUACCCCAACCUCACGGGAUUCGGGCGCUUAUCGCUUCCACCAUAUUACGCCUCAUAUUUUCGGUCGGCCUGGAGCCCACACUGUUUCUCCUCGGGGCCUUCAAUGUGUGCAAUAAGGUGAUUUUCCUAAUGAGUUUUGUGGGAAAUCGCGGUACGUUCACGAGAGGAUACAAGGCCAUGAUCAUGGAUGUGGAGUUCCUGUAUCAUCUGCUUUACCUCAUCAUAUGCAGCCUUGGAGUCUUUGUUCACGUCUUCUUCUACAGCUUGCUUCUCUUUGACCUGAUCUACCGAGAAGAGACGCUUUUAAACGUCAUCAAGAGUGUUACCAGGAAUGGCCGCUCGAUCGUUUUGACCGCUGUGCUGGCUCUCAUCCUGGUCUACCUCUUCUCCAUCGUUGGAUACAUCAUUUUCAAGGAUGACUUCAUCCUGACCGUCGACAGGAUAUCCAAUAAAACUCUUGAGCAAUCCACCAGUAAGAUGGGAGAGUUCCUGGCAGGCGCGGUGUGUCGGAAAGAGGAGAACUGUUCCACGGAGACCAUGAUGGAUGCUGUGGGAGUGCAGUCGACUGCGGUCGUGAUUGAGGAUAAGGAGAGGACGUGCGACUCGCUGCUAAUGUGUAUUGUCACUGUAUUGAGCCACGGCCUGCGGAGCGGUGGUGGGGUCGGAGAUGUUCUGCGGAAACCUUCUAAAGAGGAGCCUCUGUUUGCAGCCCGUGUGAUCUACGACCUUCUCUUCUUCUUCAUGGUCAUCAUCAUCGUCCUCAACCUCAUUUUUGGAGUCAUCAUUGACACCUUUGCUGACCUGAGAAGUGAAAAGCAGAAGAAAGAGGAGGUUCUGAAAACAACUUGCUUUAUUUGUGGUUUGGAAAGGGACAAGUUUGACAACAAAACAGUGACAUUUGAGGAGCACAUUAAGGUGGAGCACAACAUGUGGCAUUAUCUCUUCUUCAUCGUGCUGGUGAAAGUAAAAGACUCCACCGAGUUCACAGGGCCUGAGAGUUAUGUGGCCGAAAUGAUUCGGGAACACAACUUGGACUGGUUUCCGCGCAUGCGGGCCAUGUCUCUGGUUAGCAGCGACGCUGAGGGUGAACAGAACGAGAUCAGGAAUCUCCAGGAGAAACUUGAAUCCACCAUGAAACUUGUCUCGAACCUGUCAGGCCAACUCACUGAACUAAAGGAACAGAUGACAGAGCAGAGGAAACAGAAACAGAGGAUCGGGCUACUGGGACACCCCCAACACAUGAACGUGAACCCCCAGCAGCCCGCCUGAACCCCCCCCGUUCCUCUGGCCAAGUGUUCUACAGCGGUUUCAUGCAGGCAUCGCAUCAGCCUUUCCGUGUGCGUGUGUGUGCGAACGUGUGCGUGUCAAGACAUCACAGACACAUCAUCACCACAACCUGCUGUGUACACCCAAAAUAAAUGGCUGUAGGCCACCAGGGAAGUUUCACCCCCUUCUUCGCAUCCAUUCGAGUGCCAAAUGUUGCUGUGUGUUAAAGAGGAAGUGAAUUUGCAUCACUCACCCUUCCACAGGAUGAAAAUGAGCUACCGCACGACUUACGAACAUGUGUUGCAGCCUGUAGAUGCUGCUUGGACACACACAUCCUUUUGUAUUGACCCAUAGCAGUCAGUAUUUGAUGUCUUAUUUUUGUAUUUUGUGCAAUAUUAAUACUUUAAUAUGCAACUACAUCUGUACAUUAUGUCUUAAAGGGACGGUGCAGUUUUUUGUUUUUUUUUGGUUCUUUUGCUUUAUGAUUGUAAUGAUAUACAUUAGAACCCAGGUAUUUGUAGGAAUACUGUUUGCGAAGUCAAAUACAAUAUAUGUGUAUGGGGAAAAAAGCCUUUUUUUCGUAUUUAAGUUAAUUUAUUUAUAUAAAAAACGCUUAAAGGAGAUGCUUACAUGCUGCCAAUUUAGAGUUCUUUAAUUCUCACAAAUAAAAUCAGGUUCUGUUUGGUAUUUAGAAGCUCUUUAUUAUGGCUUUUGUUUGUGCUGUCAGAUUUAUGACCUUAGAAGUCAUAUACAGAGUAAUAAUAGAUGAACGUUUUAAGUAAUUAAGGUUUUUUUUCUGUCUUAAAAUCUUAAAAUGCACUAAAAUAAUUGAACUCAUAUCAUUCCUGUCAUUAUAGAGCCAUGUUAAUUGUGCCUGUUGUAUAUUCCUGCAAGCGCAGGAUUAAUAUUUGCUGACAAAAGCAAUCUCUGUCACAUUUUUUCUAGACUAUUUCAUUUUAGCUGAGCAAAUCAGAUCACUUUCUUAAUACUAUUGUUUUUUUUUCCCUUUAUUUAAUUUUUCUUGUAAUACAUGUAUAUAUGUCUGCAAGUUUUUGCUUUUAUAUAGAGAAAUACAGUUUCAUAGCAUCUGAAUAAUUAGCAGCAGCACUGUUGUUGAAAAAUAAGCCUACUGCUGAUUUAAUAGGUAAAUAUAUAUACAUAUAUAUAUAUAUAUAUAUAUAAUUCUAUGAGACUGUAAAUUAAUUUAGUGAUAUUUAAUAAAAUAUGUAUUUCUUGUUCAAAGGA